AUCGUAGUGGGUGGCAGACUCGAGGAGGAGUUAAAGUACACAAAGAAAUCUCUUGGAGAGGGAUAUGGCGGAACAAAUGAGCUCCUUAUACAGACCCCAAAUGAGGAGGGGACCAAUAUUCUUUCUGUGAAAGCAAUGAGGCAACACUUGGAUGCUGUGACAAGAGCCACAAAUGUUACUGUGGAAUUAUUUGACCAGUAAGUACAUCACAGUGUUUUAACCCUGUAAAUCGUUCUAUGAAAAUUUAAAUUCUCAUUUGUUAUCCCUAUACAUUUCCUACAGAAGUAAUGCUAACAUUUGGAUUUUGAAUUAAUUCAUGCUUUCAACGUAUUGUGUCACUCAUCUUGAAGUGAAAUUAAAAUAGUUUCUGUCUAGAAUAGUUCCCAGUUGGCACUUUCUGACAGACUCACAGGACUGCUGAAGCUAAUUUCACUUACUCACUGGGCCACCAAACUUCUAUUUUUAAUUGCCCAAAAUCAAAAUUUANAAGCAAUGAGGCAACACUUGGAUGCUGUGACAAGAGCCACAAAUGUUACUGUGGAAUUAUUUGACCAGUAAGUACAUCACAGUGUUUUAACCCUGUAAAUCGUUCUAUGAAAAUUUAAAUUCUCAUUUGUUGUCCCUAUACAUUUCCUAUAGAAGUAAUGCUAACAUUUGGAUUUUGAAUUAAUUCAUGCUUUCAAGUUAUUGUGUCACUCAUCUUGUAGUGGAAUCGAAAUAGUUUCUGUCUGUAAUAGUUUCCAGUUUGCACUUUAAUUUCUGACUGACUCACAGGACUGCUGAAGCUAAUUUCACUUACUCACUGGGCCACCAAACUUCUAUUUUUACUGGCCCUGGGCAAUUGAACCUGGGUUUUUCUCUGCCCUACCUUUUAUUGAUUAUACUGAUGAAAUUAAUUUACAGAACUUGGACAUUGAAGGAUAUAUGCUACACUUUGAGCCUUCCUCCAAUGAACAACCAU